AUGGACCUGUGCCUGUCUAUCAAGGGUAUAUCCUUCCUGUUGCAAACUGGUAUAGGCAUUUUAGGAAAUGUGUUGGUGCUUUUGACUUACAUCCAUAUUGUAUGUUUCGAUCCACAUUUGCUACCGGUGGACAUGAUUCUGUGCCACCUGGCCUUCAGUAACCUAAUGCUACUGCUAACUCGAUGUGUACCUCAGACCAUGGACGUGUUUGGCCUGCGUGAUCUUCUGAAUGAUGCAGGGUGUAAGGUGGUGAUCUACUCCUACCGCAUUGCCCGUGCUCUGUCUGUCUGUAUUACUUGCAUGCUUAGUGUCUUUCAGGCUGUUAUGUUGACCCCAGCUCUGCCCUUUUGGUUAAGGUUGAAAACUAUGCUACCUCGCCUCGUCAUUCCGACGUUUGCUGCACUCUGGCUCAUGAAUAUGGCCGUAUGCAUUGCCGCACCUUUCUUCUCCAUCGCGCCCAAAAACGGCACAGUCCCUGCGUUCACGCUCAACCUUGGCUUUUGUCACGUGGACUUUCGUGACAACUUAUCGUACGUCAUCAACGGCGUAGCUGUGUCAGGACGUGACUUUGUCUUCGUAGGGCUCAUGCUGGGUUCCAGUGGCUACAUUCUCGUGGUUCUCCAUCGCCACGCCCGGAGGUCACAGAAUGUACGACGAAGUCAGGCUGGUGGUGCAUCCAUGGAAACGCGCGCAGCCAAUACCGUGAUCACGCUAGUCUCGCUGUACGCUGUGUUCUUUGGCAUAGACAACGUCAUCUGGAUGUACAUGCUGACGGUGGACCAAGUGCCCCCCUUGGUGGCGGACAUGCGUGUGUGGUUCUCAUCCUGUUACGCCUCGCUCAGCCCGUUCCUUAUCAUGACCUCCAACAAAAAGGUCAAGAACCGCAUCAUGUGCGUCAGCGCAAAUGACCAAGAACAAUUGUCUUAG